AUGCCGCCCACGGAGGGGGACACUUUGCCUAUACAUGAACCAGGGGAAUUAACAAAUGAAUCAGGGGGACAGACAGACGAAGCAGAGCGGCCUACAGAUGAGCAAGAGGGGGAGUUACCUACAGAUAAAGCAGAGGGGGGACACAUGCCUACGGAUGAACAAGGGGAAGAUUGGCUUAUAGAUGAAGCUUUGGUUCUGGAUGAAUCAGCGGCCAAUGGUUCCCCGACUAGCUAUAAUCUGGAUCAGUUCGUCGGCUGGUUCUGUCUAUCCUCUGUUCGCCAUUUAUCGAUCUGGCUUCCGGGUAAUGCAAACCUCGAGGGUCUCAAAGAUAAGAAACUCAAUCUCCCCCAAUUGCAAACAUUAAUCUUAGCUCGCUCAACGGCCUCAGCGCAAGCCAUCGCCUCUUUACUCGCACAGACCCAAUCUCUGAAAAGCCUCCAUCUGGGACUAGCAUAUGACUGGUACACCGAGACAGUUCUCGAGGGCGGCGAGUUUAUCACGCAGGCUCUUCAAUCCAUCAGCAAGACCAUCGAGGAUUUCUCCAUGGGCCUAGAAUACUACCCACGUUUCAACGGUAGCCCGCACGAAGACGAGAGCAAAGGACACCUGCUAGUGCCAUUCCACGGCAUUCUCAAAAAAAAAUCCCACGCCUCCAAAUAG